AUGCAUUCGUAUCUCUCAAAGGAACAAAGGGAAAGUUAUCUGAGAGAGCUCUUCUACUCGUCUUUUAGCGACAGGAGAGCGAGUGUAGCUACAAGAAAUGAAGAAAUUCAGAGCCUUGGUAAACACUUGAGGAAGCUUUACAAUCUUGUGGAGAAUGGUAAAGGACUUUCUUCAGAGGCAGAAAGCACUCUUAAGGAAGUCGUCAAGCUUCGUACGAAGGGCAGACCUGGUUUCUACGAAACAAAAAUGAUGACAGACUACAAGAGACUUUUGCUCAUUCGCGGACAGCGAGAGGACAUGGAGAAUAAUAUUCAAGAACAGCAGUGUUUCCAGUGCAUUCACAACAACAAGAAGCCCUUAGCUGUUUUACGCGAUGACGAUUGGUACUGGGGAACCAAACAGCAAUUGAGAUGUGGAGAGAUCAUUGCAGACACGCUCGGUGGCCUUGACCCAGUGUUCGGUGUUCUUUUGCAUCCUGCAGGUUCGUGUGAAACUAUUUUGCUUCAUGCUCUAUUCGGACACGCCCCCCUCUAUUUGCAAUUUCUUUCGAGGCCCUACUGAGACCGUGGCUCAUAAUUGAUGUUUGCUUGUUUAACCUGGAAUUUUUUUUUUCACGGUUUUUUUUUCUUAAACCAAAUCAAUAAAAUUGUAUCCAUGGAGAACCUUUUACAGCCAAUUAAUGAAUAAAAAAUAGCCUUCAUGGUCGCAUAUUUAUCCGCGAAGAUUGUCUGUUCAGAGAAGCGUACAAAAGCGAAACUGUAAGCUUCGAGGACAAAUAUAUGAGAAUGUUUUCGUACCAAAUGGAGGCUUCUAUGUUUAGCAUCCCUCAAAUAUAUUUUUUGCAGUGUGCGGGCUUACUGUUUUCUGCGUUCAUUAGCAAUAUUUUCAAAAAUGAAAUUUCUUGUAGCGAAGAUUUUUUUUGAAGUGUACAAUGAAGAAGCACAAUUCUUUUCACCGCCGAAAUAACAACGGAAUUGCUUAGGGUUAGGGUUAGGUUAGGGUAAGGUUGAAAGUAAAUCUGGCCGAAAGUAAAGUUGAAAAAAGUGACCCCUCUUACGAGCCUCAGAAGGUUUUGAUCCCCACAAAAUUAAAAUAAUUUCCCCCUUCCCUGAUUUACCCCAUGUAAAUCAUGCGAAUGCUAAAUUUUUCUUGUGCCUUUCAGGAGGUAGGACAGAACUCGCAAACCCAAACAACAAACAUUAUCGAAUCACGGGGAAAGAGAAAGAAGAAAUAGAUGCUAUUCUGUAUCACACUGCAACUCAUGACGCCUGUGGUUACCUGAGCGAGUAUCACUAUGUGGGGCCUGGAUAUAACUACCUCGGUACCAUGCUAACCGUCUUUCCGACAUGCAUUCCGCAGAGCGGAAGACUGGCUUCGCUUAUGUUCUGGAAGAAGUUGAUAAAUGAACCGGACACCCCGUUUGAGUAUUGA